AUGGAUUCUGGACCACGGCUGACCAGCGUUUUCACUUUGUUCUUCUCCGGCUUGUGGCAUUUAGGAUUAGCAGCGGCAAAUUACAACUGUGAUGACCCGUUAGCAUCCUUGCUCUCUCCAAUGGCUUUUUCCAGUUCCUCAGACCUCACUGGGACUCACAGCCCAGCUCAGCUCAACCGAAGAGUUGGAACUGGCGGUUGGUCCCCAGCAGAUUCCAAUGCUCAGCAGUGGCUCCAGAUGGACCUGGGAAACAGAGUGGAGAUUACAGCAGUGGCCACGCAGGGAAGAUACGGCAGCUCUGACUGGGUGACGAGCUACAGCCUGAUGUUCAGUGACACAGGACGCAACUGGAAACAGUACAAGCAAGAAGACAGCAUCUGGACGUUCGCAGGAAACGUGAACGCUGACAGUGUGACGCACCACAAGUUACUCCAUUCCGUGAGAGCCCGGUUCAUUCGCUUCGUCCCCCUGCAGUGGAAUCCAAGCGGAAAGAUUGGCAUGAGAGUUGAAGUCUACGGAUGCUCCUAUAAAUCCGACGUUGCUGAUUUUGAUGGCCGAAGCUCCCUGCUCUACAGGUUCAAUCAGAAGCUGAUGAGUACUCUCAAAGAUGUGAUUUCCCUGAAGUUCAAGAGCAUGCAAGGAGAUGGGGUCCUCUUCCAUGGAGAAGGACAACGGGGAGACCACAUCACCCUGGAGCUCCAGAGAGGGAGGCUCGCCCUGCACCUCAACUUGGAUGACAGCAAGCCUCGUCCCAGCAGCAGCGCGCCCUCGGCCACGCUGGGGAGCCUCCUGGAUGACCAGCAUUGGCACUCCGUCCUCCUGGAGCGAGCUGGCAAGCUCGUGAACUUCACCGUGGACAGGCACACCCAGCACUUCCGCACCAGGGGCGAGGCGGAUGCCCUGGACAUCGACUACGAGCUUAGUUUUGGAGGAAUUCCAGUACCAGGCAAACCUGGGACCUUUUUAAAGAAAAACUUCCAUGGAUGUAUUGAAAACCUUUACUACAAUGGAGUAAACAUAAUUGACCUGGCUAAAAGGCGAAAGCAUCAGAUCUAUACUGUGGGCAAUGUCACUUUCUCCUGCUCCGAACCACAAAUUGUUCCCAUCACAUUUGUCAACUCCAGCAGCAGUUAUUUGCUGUUGCCUGGUACUCCCCAAAUUGAUGGGCUCUCAGUGAGUUUCCAGUUUCGAACCUGGAACAAAGAUGGUCUCCUUCUGUCCACAAUGCUCUCUGAGGGUUCGGGGACCCUGCUGCUGAGUCUGGAGGACGGAACCCUGAGACUCGUGAUUCAGAAAACCACAGGACGUGCAGCUGAAAUCCUCACAGGAAGGGACUUGAAUGACGGCCUGUGGCAUUCGGUUAGCAUCAAUGCCAGAAGGAACCGCAUCACUCUCACGCUGGAUAACGAUGCAGCAUCCCCGGCUCAGGACACCAGCAGGAUGCAGAUUUAUUCUGGAAAUCGCUACUACUUUGGAGGGUGCCCUGACAAUCUCACCGAUUCCCAAUGUUUAAAUCCCAUUAAGGCUUUCCAAGGCUGCAUGAGGCUCAUCUUUAUUGAUAACCAGCCCAAGGACCUCAUUUCAGUUCAGCAAGGUUCCCUGGGGAAUUUUAGUGAUUUACACAUUGAUCUGUGUAGCAUCAAAGACAGGUGCUUGCCAAACCACUGCGAGCACGGAGGAAGCUGCUCCCAGUCCUGGACGGCCUUCUACUGUAACUGCAGCGGCACAGGCUACGUCGGGGCCACCUGCCAUGACUCCCUCUAUGAGCAGUCCUGCGAGGUGUACAGGCACCGAGGCAACACCGCGGGCUUCUUCUACAUCGACUCCGACGGCAGCGGGCCCCUGGGGCCUUUCCGGGUGUUCUGCAACAUCACAGAGGACAAGAUCUGGACGUUGAUGCAGCACAACAACACAGAACUGACCCGUGUGCGGGGCGCCAACCCUGAGAAGCCCUACUCCAUGACCUUGGACUAUGGGGGCAGCCUGGAGCAGCUGGGGGCAGUGAUCGACGGCUCCGAGUACUGUGAGCAGGAGGUGGCCUACCACUGCAGGAGGUCACGGCUGCUCAACACUCCAGAUGGGACUCCAUUGACCUGGUGGAUCGGGCGGUCCAAUGAAAGGCAGCCCUACUGGGGAGGCGCCCCUCCCGGAGUUCAGCAAUGCGACUGUGGCCUGGAUGAGAGCUGCCUGGACGUUCGACACUUCUGCAAUUGUGACGCUGACAAGGAUGAAUGGACAAAUGAUACUGGUUUUCUUUCCUUCAAAGACCACUUGCCUGUCACUCAGAUAGUUAUCACUGAUACGGACAGAACAAACUCAGAAGCAGCUUGGAGAAUUGGUCCCUUGCGUUGCUAUGGCGACCGACACUUUUGGAAUGCGGUAUCAUUUUAUACAGAAGCCUCUUACCUCCACUUUCCUACCUUCCAUGCGGAAUUCAGUGCUGACAUUUCCUUCUUUUUUAAAACUACGGCUUUAUCUGGAGUUUUCCUAGAAAACCUUGGCAUUAAAGAUUUCAUCCGACUGGAAAUAAGCUCUCCUUCUGAGAUCACUUUUGCCAUUGAUGUUGGAAAUGGUCCCACAGAGCUCAUAGUCCAUUCUCCUUCUCCUCUGAAUGACAACCAAUGGCAUUACGUCUGGGCCGAGAGGAACCUCAAGGAGACCUCACUCCAAGUGGACAACCUCCCGAGGAUGACCAGGGAGGCCUCAGAAGAGGGCCAUUUCCGGUUACAGCUCAACAGCCAGCUGUUUGUAGGGGGAACAUCAUCAAGACAGAAAGGCUUCCUAGGAUGCAUACGCUCCUUACACUUGAAUGGGCAAAAGCUGGACCUGGAGGAGAGGGCGAAGGUCACGUCUGGAGUUCGGCCAGGAUGCCCGGGACAUUGCAGCAGUUAUGGUAGCAUCUGCCACAAUGGGGGCAAGUGUGUGGAGAAGCACAGUGGAUACUUCUGCGACUGCACCAGUUCACCAUAUGAAGGACCCUUUUGCAAAAAAGAGGUUUCUGCUGUUUUUGAGGCUGGCACUUCAGUGACUUACAUGUUUCAAGAACCCUACCCGGUGACCAAGAAUGUGAGCCUCUCUUCCUCAGCGAUUUACACGGAUGCAGCCCUAUCCAAAGAACACAUUGCCCUGAGCUUUGUGACAGCCCAGGCACCCAGCCUCCUGCUGUAUAUCAAUUCUUCUUCUCAGGACUUCCUGGCUGUCCUGCUCUGCAAGAAUGGAAGCUUACAAGUUCGCUACCAGCUAAACAAGGAAGAAACCCAUGUAUUCACCGUCAAUACAGAGAACUUUGCCAACAGAAGACUGCAUCACUUGAAGAUUAACAGAGAGGGCAGAGGGCUUACCAUUCAGAUGGAUCAGCAACUCCGACUCAGUUAUAACUUCUCCCCAGAAGUCGAAUUCAGGGCCAUCAGGUCCCUCACCUUGGGCAAAGUCACAGAGACUCUUGGAUUGGAUGCUGAAGUUGCUAAAGCCAACGCCCUGGGUUUUGUUGGCUGUCUGGCCUCAGUCCAGUACAACCAUAUUACGCCACUGAAGGCAGCCCUGCGCCAUUCUACCGCUGCACCUGUAACCAUCCAAGGGGUCUUGACAGAAUCCAGCUGUGCCUCUUUGAUGGAUUCGGACGUGAAUGCCGUGACCACGGUGCAUUCCUCAUCAGAUCUUUUUGGGAAGACAGAUGAGCGGGAACCACUCACCAACGCAGUGCGAAGUGACUCAGCCGUCAUUGGAGGAGUAAUAGCAGUGGUGAUAUUCAUCAUCUUCUCGAUCGUUGGCAUCAUGAGCCGCUUCCUUUACCAGCAUAAGCAGUCACAUCGCACCAACCAGAUGAAGGAGAAGGAAUAUCCAGAAAAUUUGGACAGUUCCUUUAGAAAUGACAUUGAUUUGCAAAACACAGUGAGCGAGUGUAAGCGGGAAUAUUUCAUCUGAAAAACUGCAGGGUCAUCUCAUGUUCUUUCUUUGCUCAUUUUUGGUUCCUCCUUAUCCACUUUCUCCUAUCCUUUAAUUUUGGUCAUUCUCUUUCUCUGUUUCCCUUUUAUUUUGGGGACAUACCUGCAUUCACCACAGCAUCUAUCCCCUCAAACCAGCCCAGAAUACUAGGCAGCUAUGGCCACUGCCUUCCUCUUUAACAAACUUAUCACGGUGAAAAUGAUCACUCAAGAGACUGACUUGACUACUUUAGACAAGGAAGAGACACAUGGGUGUGCACAUGUCCAUAUUCGGUUCUAUAUUUCUGCUUUCUAAGAUGCACCCUUCAGUUCUGCAGCAAUUCGGUCUUGCGGGCUUACCUUGAACCUGAGAUCUGUGACUUUGGCAUGUAACCAUCAUCCUCGACACCCUCCCCCAUUCCAAGGCCACUCUGACCAGAGAACUCAGGGUACCGGAAAGGAAGACGCUAGGGCCUGGUUUGUGUCAGUGGCACUUUAAAAGGAAAAAGAGAGGUUUGUCGUGUGUUAAUUUUCCUUACGAUAGGAAGCCCAUUGCCCUAACUCAUCAUCAUUGUUCACUCUCUUAUCCCCUGAGUAUUUUCAAAAAUAGGACUCCUGAUAGUCAUACGUGAUUACUGUGUUCCUUUCUUACUGCUCUCCCCUGCAGCUGACACUUCAGAACAGCACACAAUAGCGUAAACCUAGGGGAAGCAGGGAAAAUAGUCGCUUGAAACUAGGAGGUAAAAAGACAGCUGCUAGGAAGUAGAUGUUCUAUAACUUCAAAAAUGCCUCUUCUAAUUUUGUAAGAAAUGUUAGCUAUGUCAUUCCUGAGAUUAUUAUACAGAUAUAUAUUUAUCAGUUGUUGCAUCAAAAAGCAACUCAAAGUCUAAAAUAGCAUUUGGUUCCAUGAAAGAGCUAAAACCAUCUUAACUCAGCUUUAAAGAAAAAUAAAAACAAGGCAAAAACAAAAAGCAAAACAAACAAACAACAAACAAAAACUGCAUGAAAGCAAAGAAAUGCCAAACAGAAUUCUUUCCUUCCAUCCUCUCACUAAAGGUCUGGUGAAAAGAGUCAACACAAGUUUCACAUUUUAGAAUAGACAUGAUAACCCACGUCUGCCACCGAGCCAUUUUUUUCUAGGAGGUUUAGGAUGAACUGACGUGUGAGGCAUUCUGACUAGCUCCAGGAAGCCACCACUGCUUUUCAUAGUUUUAGAGGAGCCAUUGGGUUCUGCAGUGCAUCAUAUUUUCAAGUCUGCUGCAUCCUUUGUAUAUAAAGGUCCCCACAUGCUUUUUUCUACAGGCAUAAACUCCCAGAUGAGGCAGUGACAUGUUUCAGGGUAUGCAUCAUUUUGGUACCAAAACAGCCAAGGAACAUCAUCAUUCCUUCAAGAAGCUAUCUUGGGCUCAUCCCCCAGGUGGUGGUGAGAAUCCUGGUGGUUUUUCUAUAGGAGCAUUCCUCACUCUUUGCCUCUGAGCCAUCUUCAGGGAAAGGAUGAGGGGAAAAUGAUACAAAUGUUCUCGUAUGCUGGAAAGGCAAACAGAAUGAGCCACAGAUGUGGAAAGUACUUGCUGAUUCUCUUUACAAGGCAGACUCAAUCUGAAUCCCAUCUUUUUCUCUUCGUGUCUGUCACCUCUGACUGUUUUAACACUUUCCUGCAUGAUGAGGCUCACAGUGAGGGACUCCUCAGCUUCACCCCAUUUCAGGUCUAUUUUAAGCUUUCAGUGUCAGAGAAAAUGGGUAAAGGAUUUCUUUUGCAAUCAUAUUUCUCAAAUAGAAGGUGUUCUAAAGACAUACUCUCUUUUUAAAAUUUUACGUGGAUUCUUACUUAAUCAUUUCCAUUAUAUCCUUUUGCUAGCAAAUUUAUUUUAAAGUAAUUCUAACAAGGGCAUCUUUUUUUUCCCCCUUCUAACUUUAAUAAGAUGAAUGAUCCAUUCAUAAGAGGAAAGAUCUUAAAAUAUUGUUUCCUCCUGCCCUGUUCUUUCCUACUUCCAAUGUUCACUUUUGAAUUUUCUAUUUCCAUAAAAAGGCUUUAUAAAUCAGCCUUUUGCUUGGCAACAUCAUCUUUUGUCCCCUGAAAUAAAAGUCACUAUGCAGUGCAGUGGGUUUAGCCUGAAGCAUCUCCAAUAAUGAAAUGGAAGGAAAAAGAAGGUUGAGUAAUAAAACUGGAACUGCUCAUUAUUCAAGUCUCUGAGAAGUAGGGACUGUAUUUUGCUGACAUAGUACAGAUAUAAGAAAUGGAGGACUAACAGAGGCCGACUUGGAAUAUUCGUUUCUCUCAUCUACUUACACUCGUGGGUAGUUCUGUAGGGUGAAAACUUUGGGAAACUCCAUCGUUGCCACAUCUCCACUACAGAAUCUACCAGCAAACCUCCCCAUAUCUGUAGACUAUCUAUCCAUACAUACUAUGUAUCACAGACUUAAUGACGAAUGCCAAGACAGUGCAAUCAGCACGUCACUCUUUUAAGCAGAGUCUCAGGGCUAAAUAAAACUUAUUUUUACAGGGUUGGAAUAUUUCAUAACCCCAGAGAACACUAACUUUCACUAGAUGUAUAUGAAAAGCAAGCAUGCUGCUCCCUCCAAAGGAAAAUACACUUUUCAGUGACAAAGAAGUGUAAACUCUGCCUAUCUUUGCUCACUGGUACCAAAAUCCAUGGAGUUUUGUGCACCUGUUGAUUUGUGUGUUUCAAUCCUUGACCAACUAUAAUCUAAAGCAGAAGUCUUUGAAAGCAUUCUGACGCCUCCUUAACCACAGUUAAGCUUUCCUGACUGCACAUGUUGGCCAGCUGGAUCGCCAUAAUCCUACACUUUAACUUUCUUUGGUAAUUGCUGUUUACCAAAGUAUUUUAUAGAAUGUGCUUUGUAGGAAAACCAAAAACACCUGUGAAAUUUCACAUUUUAAGGGGGCUAUUUCAUUGAUAUCAUUCCCACCAAACAAAUCUAUUUAUGUAAGCAGCAGUGUGUGUGCUUACUGUAAACAUAUAUUUAAUGCUGCCUCAUUCCUUGUGUGUAUAGGUUUGAAUGCUAUGGUUUAUAGGAGAAUUUGUCUAGAGAGUUAGACAUUUGUCACUUCUCUAGAUAUAUUUUUAAGAAAAGCUUCACUUAUUCUCUACUCUGAACUGCAAAUGUAAUAUUUAUUUUAAGGAUCCUAGGGCUGAUUUUUUCAAAACAGUUUUUAUGCCCUUGAGUAAUAAUAGAGAUGGUACUAACCUGAUUUCCAUCUUUUGUUAGACUGUUGCCCACCACAGGGUUGCAGGAGCAGGAUCAGAACAAAAGAGGGAAACUGGUCUGUACUUAAUUCACUCAUGGAGUAAUUAUUACCCAAUACUCUAAGGGCUGUGCUAGAUACUGAGCAUAUUAACAUCCAUUGCACCUUGUUCUUGCCCUUGGAAAGCCCAACGUCUGGCAGGGGAGGCAUGUAUUGUUGUCGUAGACUUGCUGGAGACUGAAAGAAGCAGAUACUUUCUGGAAAAUAUUUAUAUAUAUUUCUUCUUGUUUAUUACUUCUGCCUUCAACAAGCUGCUUUGUUUUUCUUUCUUAAAGCAAGUAUCAAUCUCUGCAGGUAUAUUUCUCUGGAGGGAGAUGGAUUGACUCUGUAGGGACAAGAAUAAAUGGUCUCCAUCUCAAGAGUACUUCUGGGGAAGCUGUAUUCUCUCCAUUCUUGUUUUAACUCUGGGUAGGGGAUUCUGAAAGCCCUCCUUCUAAGGGUCAGACCUCAGUGAUCACACAGGAACCCUAUCUGAGGUCGGAAACAACAAUCUCCAUUUUUCCCCUUUUCAUUUCCCAGUUCUUUUAUACAAUUUAUUCAUGACCUAUUGCAUGCCCUUGUUCUUCCAGAUGUUCCUUAAGGCAUUUUUGUCAUACUCUAGCUUCUCCUAAAACCCUAUUGCAUCCUGAUGAACCAUAUUGACUCAAUUUAGGAAGGUCUCGGAGAACUGGAUGAAGUACUGCUUUGAGUAACCCAUUGACUCAAAGGUGUCAUCCAUCUAAAUGAGGUCUCAUAUCUGUGCGCUGGGGAGAUUUUUCCAAUUCUGAAAAAAAUCACACGUUUCUCUGCAAGAAGCUCAUUCAGUUACAGGAGCUACACUGGGAGACUCCAAGAUCCUGAGAGAGACAAGAAUCAGGCCCUCGAGUUCUUUCUAUAAAAAGUCUUGACAGCUUGUCCACCAACAACCGGCAUCUUUUGAAUUCCUACAUGGCUACAAUCCAUCAAAAUCAUAUUGUAGCCUGAGUCUGCCAAAGGCAAUCUGAUACACAGUGUAUAGCUCUGAUACUCAUUCUUCCUUAACCUGAAGGCUGAGACAUACUUAAUCCUCCUUUGUCCUAGAAGUCCCAAGUAGACCAAAUCAAUAAAGGGGCUUCCUUGUUACUGACAAUGCAGAGAUGGUUAAAGGAAGAAAGUGUCAUCAAACUCAAAAUUUUCAGAAUACUUGGAAGACAAUUGAGUGCUAUUUCAUGUCUCUCAUGCAGUUUGAAAGUGUUUUCUUAUUAAAAAAAAAAACACACACACACAAAGUGUGAUUGAAUUAUUUCUAUUCUGUUCUUGAGUGUUUCUCACCUUCCCUCCAUUGCCUCACCCACACUCUUGUUAAGUCAUCUAGUUUGCAGAUUUUGCUUGUCCUUCGUUUUCAUCUCUGCUUCACAAAUUCCAAAUAUUUGAACCUCUUAAAGGGAAAAAAAUCACAAACACACAUCUACACAAUCUCUUUGUCAAAAUAGGGCUGUUAUUCAGACUUCCUGUAUGAUAAGAAGAAACACAUUUUCUUUUGAGUCGACAGUUAUUUGAAACUUUCAGAGGAGGUUUUCAUAUUUAACUCUUUUUUCUGCUUUUGAGUAACUUUUGUCUUACUUUGCACUAAGGUACUCUGAGGGAGAACAGAAAAGCACAUUAUUUUUAGUGAACUACUGUACUUUGUAAGUGAGUUGUCUGUCUUUUGUAAUGUUUAUAGUCUACAAAGCGGUAGAACAGACAUGAGCAAAGAUGAAAGCAAACGUUGGUUUGAGUGUUUUGACCACACCUGGUGGGAACAGGAUGAGGAGAAAGAGAGAACCCUUGGUGUCAACUUGGUGUCGACUGAUGACUUUCCCAUGGAAGGGUUGCUGCUUCCAGAGAGACUCACCGGCGGCAGCUCUUCCCACUUUCCUGGCUCUUAACUCGGGAAUCUCUUUAGUGCAUUUGGAUCUUCACUUUACCCAUUAGGGAAAGAGGCAAUAUCCUGGGGUUUGCACGAGGAAUUCUUUACUUAAUUUGGCACAAUAUUUCUGUCUCCUCCCAGGAUAUCAACCACGUUUUUUUCCCUUGAUUUGUAUUUCAUCGGGAUUUUUCUAGGAUGCUUUAGAGCUAUCAUCACAAUCAUCCAAUCUGCCCAGAUUGAACACUUAGAGGAACUAUGAGGAAGCACCUUAGGUCCACUCCCCUGAAUCAGCAUUCCCCAUGGGUAGAAGCCCUGGGGUCCUGGAAUAAGCCUAGGGAUCGUCCUCUCCCCUUAUUGGUCCAGCCUUGCAUGGACAUGCCAGAAUGAUGAUGAGAUGUGCUUCUCCCCAUCCCUGGCAGUGAAUACUUUCAGGGACCUAUCACCCAACACUAUCUGGGAACACUACUUUCUUCAAACAUCCCCAGCUAUACAGGGGAACUUUUGCAAAAACAGCAGGACAAAUUAAGAGGGCUGUCUUAGGUCAGAACCAAAGGUGAAGCUAAUUGUUUUAGUGAUUAGAUCCUAGUCUUGAUUUUCCUCAACAUCAUAUUCUUCCAUGCCUCCAAUGCCGGAAGUAGCCUCAGGGGACAUGAAAACCAGAUGAAACAGAUUGUUGUAUUGCCCUGCAGACUCUUUGGAAGGCCUCCCCAUAGAUAGAAUUUUCAAUAAACCUUAAGGAAUAGUAUUAAUGAGCUUCUGCCUAGUCAGACAUCCUAAUUAUAGCCAACACCAUCCCCCAGCCUUCACGGGAAUUAUAGUCUCUUCUCUUUGAAUGGCAGUGUCAACCUGUGUAACCUUGCCCUGCCUUAAAUACCAAUGCAAAAAUACCAAACCUUGCGUACAACAGUGUACUUAUAUGGCAAGAGGGACUUUGUAUUUAGUGAGGUCCAACAUCAAGAGUGUUUCCUUCUGAAUCGUAGUCGACAGGUCUCCUGACACGCUGUGCCGCUUUGGGCUGUCUCUCCCCUCAGUCUACUGGAGGAGGCUCAGAAGGUGCAGACGUGUCACUGGGAAUUGGAAUGCAGGCUGAGGGGGAGCCACAGAUAAGUCUCCAGGAUGUGCUAGGGAAGGAACAAGCAAACUUUUACUGCAUAGGGCCAGAUAGUCGGUACUUUAGCCUUUAUAGGACAGCCAGUCUCCACUGCGGUUGCUCAUCUUCCCUGUUGUAGUAGGAAGUGGGCCACACAUGGGCAAAGAGUCAUGGCUAUGUUCCAGUGAAACUUUGCUUUCAAGAAUAGGCAACAUAUCAGAUUUGGUUCAUGGGCUAUAGUUUGCUGAUCCUUGUUAUGCAAUAUUACAAUGUCCACUUCAGAUGGAAAAUCAAUUUCAUUCUGGCAUAGAGUGGUCCUCCUUCUUGAAGAAUGGGAAAGAGCAGGGAAAUUAUUUUUAACAAGGAAAUGAUAAAAUACAAAAUAACCUCUUCUCCAAAAAUAUAUAUGUCAGAUACUUAUUAUGGCAAAAGCACAAAACAGGUCACCUCUCUUUGUAGAUCUUCUGGAGUCUAGCUUUUCCUUUUGACCUUCUCAUAUUUGUUCCUGAAACAGAAUCCCAAGUGAUGUUGCCUCAUUCCAAGUCAGUUUUGAAGACCAUAUAACAUGUCUUAAUACACUGUAUGGGGAAAAAAAAAAAAAGUUAGCCUUAGAUUUCUUUGUUUUCUAUGGUUCCUGUUGUACAGAAGAAAGACUUACACUGUAAAUAAUGUAUAUUUAAUAAAGAGAGAAUUUUGUAUGAUUUUGUGUGGAAGACAAA